AUGGAGAAAAAAAAUGAGCAGCACUCCCGUCAAAAAUUCAUAGAAGAACAGCUCGCAGCUCUCAAACAGGAAGAGAAAGCACUGAAUGACAGCCGUCUAGCACUACUCAAUCAAAAAUGGCAAAUUCAAUCAGAACAUGAGAAAUUGAAAAGAAAAAUUGUGGAAAGGGAUGAAAUGCAGCAGGCUCAGGCAGCAGAACCGGGAACAUCCGGAAUAUAA